CGAUGCCACAGCCUACGAUCUUUCGAUACACCGGGGGAAGCCCAGCUCGAGUUCCACUCCCAGUCUUCCACACGGCCACUCAGUCCUAGUUUUGCCCCCAGGUGGAUGCCAGCAGACCCGCCUGAUCGGCACGGAAGUUCUGAACUUCUCAACUUCUGAACACCCCGGGCCCACAUUCGGCUCGGCUGCUUUUCUGUAUCGGGCCUUGCCUGGAGCCGCGGUUGAUCGCGCUCCCUGUGUUUGCCCCAGGCUAAUAAAACAAACGAAGAUCCGUGGGGUAGCUCCGGCUCUUCUCGCUUCCUUAUAAUCGGGCCUGCUCCAGGAAAGAAGAUUCUGUGCUGGAACAACACUCGGAAAGGAAGAAUCUCAAUCAUGUCUUCAGCUCAGCAACGAUUGACCUCGAUCGCAAACCACCUCUCGGGCCCUGGAGCCGCGUCCGCAAAGCAACGGCUUCUGUCCCAGAACCCGGACGACAUCGUGAUUACCUUGGCCGUCCGAACGCCCCUCACAAAAGCCAGAAAGGGCGGACUCAAGGAUACAAACCUGGAUGACCUUCUGAUCUCACUGCUGACGUCUGUCCGUGAGAAGUCGAACCUUGACCCGAACCUCGUCGAAGAUGUCUGUGUCGGUAAUGUCCUGUGUCCCGGUGGAGCUUAUGUAGCACGCUCGGCUGUCCUGGCGGCAGGCUUCCCGGUUACUGCAGCUGCCUCGAUCGCGAACCGAUUCUGUUCUUCCGGAUUGCUGGCUAUCCAGAACAUCGCCAACCAGAUCAUGGCCGGUUCCAUCGAUGUCGGGAUUGCGGUGGGAGCGGAGAGCAUGAGCACCAACUCCGACGGCGGGGCUCCGGGGAUGUCUUCCCAGAUCACGACGCACCCAAUCGCCUCACAGAACGCUCAGCCAAUGGGUCAGACAUCCGAGAAUGUUGCGGCGCAAUUCAACCUUUCCCGUGAAAUGCUGGACCAGUUUGCGGCGAAGAGCUACCAGAAAGCUGAGCGGGCUCAGAAGGCGGGGUGGUUCAACGACGAGAUCGUUCCUGUUAAAACGAGUAUCAAAGACCCAAAGACCGGCGAGGUGAAGAACAUCGUCGUUGAACGGGACGAUGGUAUUCGGUAUGGCACCACUGCUGAAUCUCUGGGCAAGAUUCGCGCCGCGUUCCCCCAGUGGAACCCCAGCGCCACCACGGGCGGAAACGCCAGCCAGAUCACCGACGGUGCUGCGGGUCUGAUUCUCAUGAAGCGAUCCCGCGCGCAGGAGCUGGGCCAGCCCAUUUUGGCCAAGUUCUGCGGCGCCACCGUCGCAGGCUUGGAGCCCAGGAUCAUGGGCAUUGGUCCAUCGAUCGCCAUCCCCAAGAUCCUCACCAAGUUCGGGUUGAGUAAGGAGGAGAUUGAUAUCUUCGAGAUUAACGAGGCAUUUGCGUCCAUGGGAACAUACUGUGUGCAAAAGCUGGGCCUUGAUGAAGCCAAGGUCAACCCCCGGGGCGGCGCCAUUGCAUUUGGUCACCCCCUUGGUUGCACGGGGGCACGGCAGGUUGUCACUGCUCUGUCUGAACUGCGACGACAGGAUAAGAGGAUCGCAGUUACCUCGAUGUGUGUUGGAACGGGUAUGGGCAUGGCUGGAAUCUUUGUCUCCGAGCAUUGAGCGUAUAAUAAUGAGACGUUAUUUUCUGUAAAUAGUUUUACAAUGGCAAAC